CAUCGGGUAGUCAUCUUAUGCAUAAUAAAUUGCGAAUCUAAUGGAUAUCAAUAGGUUGUGAGUUAUCCGAUAGAUAAAACUGUAUUCUGCUAUUAAAAAGUUACUUAAUUAUUUCCAAUAAAUUACACUUUUAACUGAUUUCCAGUUGGUUUUCGGAUUUUAGUAUACAUACAACAAUGUUUUAGGAAUCAUAUUUUGUAUCUAUCUCACAAGUUGAAGUAAUAUUCGCAUGAAAACUAAACCCAUGUAUUAUAAUUAUUGUUCUUUGAUUUAUUUUUUGGGAUGCCACAUUUUUUCCGAGUGAGCUGCAGCAGGCGAAUCGGAUUGGGUUUCUCUUUAAUCUGCGGCUGCUGCGCUUAGUGCACUUGCGACGACGUACGCACAAUCUUGAACCCAGCCCGAAGCGAAUGGCAUCAAUGCUGCAACAAGUGCUGUAUCCUGUGCUGGGCCUCGUCCUCAUGACGAACCACUUGGAGGUCAGCAGCCUGGCCAUCACCAACGGCCAUUGCCAGAAGAACAUCAGUGUGAAGUAUCAGGUGCCCGUUGCCAAGACCCGCAUGGCAGGUCCUUCGAAUUCCAGCUAUCCAGGCGACCUGGACAGCUAUGUGGUGUACGAGGAGCGGGUGCGUUGGGACAACAUCCAGGUGUGCUGCCCGGGAUAUCGGACCAUUCUGUUUGGCUUCUGUGAGCCAGUCUGCCAGGAGGCGUGUCCCGCCCACAGCUACUGUGCGGAACCGGAUCGCUGCCAUUGCCAGCGGGGCUACGAGCCGUCGCACCUCCACACCACUGGGCACCAGCUCGUCUGUCGACCUGUCUGCCAGGGUGGUUGUCCGGAGCACAGCCACUGCGUGGCGCACAACGAGUGCGAGUGCUGGCCGGGAUUCAAGGACGCGAGCAGCUGGUUCAGCCUGAGCCUGCGCUGCGAACGGGUGCAGUGCGGCCAUGAGCAGCGAUUCGAUCCGGCACGACGUGCCUGCGUCCAGAUCGAGAUGAGCAUGGAGGAGCUGAUGCAGCGCGUCGCCGAGCGACUCGCCAAGGGACUUGGGGCGGAGGACGAGGCGACCAACGAACCGGAAUCGUAGAAGCAAAAGCCUCAGGACGAGUAACUGUAUCAUUGUUAACCAAUCUGAAUCUCCAGUGCUAAGCCAUCAACCAUGUAUUGAUCUGUUCAAUAAAGUGAAUUAAUUUUUUUAAUAACAAAAGCUAAAGAUACGGAUACAAGCAAUUAAGAGAAUCACCACCAAGUUGGCAGUUACAAAUCUAGUUACAAAUUUAUUGUUGCUCUUCAGACAAUAAACACUUUUCGUUUGUUCAGUUGGUACAACCAAAUAUAUAAAAAAUAAAA